GCAUCAUCAGCGUUUGCGGCACAGCUCCGGCGAGCGCGAAUGCCAUGACAGGCGAAUAUGUGCGUGUCGAUCCUGAACGUGGUGAUGGAUGCGGAAACAAUUGCUCUUCAUGCCGCCCAAUUUGCUGGAGGCUUCUACAUAUAGACGCCGGAUGACGUAAUCGGCACAUUGCCCGCGGUCCAUUGCAGUGCGGGACCGCGAAACUUUGGUGGACAGUACACAGCGAUAGCAGAGCUGCGGAGCAUACCACAGACUCGCCACGAUAAUCACGCACCUUACUGUCUGUUAGACAACGCCGUCAAAGCGAGACCGAAAAAUGGCGACAAAUUCUGAGCCGUCCGCCUCCCCGUGGGCGAAUCGCUAUAGAGGCGCCACCGUUGAAGACCUCGAGCCUCCCACCGCCCUCUCCACGAGCCCGCAAUCGCCCAUAGCCCGGGCCGUCGACGCCGCCAACGAGCAACAAUUCACGCAUCUCACCGUCCUGAACCCCAAAGAUAAAGCCUUGCUCGGCUACAUCAGCAUCCCGCGAUUGGAAGAACUCCUCGCGUCCGGGCAAGUCUCCGGAACGGACCCGGUCGAAAAGGCGAUGAUAAAGUUUCAACGCAAGGGGAAGAGAUAUCGGCUUAUCACGCUGGGGACGCCGUUGGAGGAACUUGAGGCUUUCUUUGAGGGCAGGGAUACCGGUGUUAAGCAGGACUUCGCGGUCGUUACGGACGUGGCGAGGAGGUUUGUUUUGGGAGUCGCGACGAGGGAUGAUCUUGUGAAGUUUAUGAACAGUCGGCCUGCGUAAGACAGGACGACAUGGAGAGGGCUGAGAGGUGGAAUUUUUAAGAGCGAGUGCGGGAAUGUACUAGCAUGGCCCCGAUGAAGGUUGGUGAACUGUCGAGUGAUGAUACCAGUUAUAAGCUCGCUAUAUGAGCUGUUGAACUUUGUUGA